AUGGGCGCCACGACUAACGUCAGCUAUCACAGCUCCGACCGCGGCGCUUCCGCGCUCGUGCUCGCUCCUGCCCCAGGCCCGUCCAUUGUCGCGCCUGCGCCUCCCCCCUCCGCCUCCGCGUCCGCUGCGUCUCUGGCUGCGCCGCAACAGGCAGGGAAGCAGCCGGUGCAGCAGCAGCAGCAGCAGCAGCAGCAGCAGCAGCAGCAGCAGCAGCAGCAGCAGCAGCAGCAGCAGCAGCAGCAGCAGCAGCAGCAGCAGCAGCAGCAGCAGCAGCAGCAGCAGCAGAGCAUGCUGAAUUUCACGUUCACGAAGUACCGGCUGCCAACCGACUUCACGAGCUAUCGCUGCAAGGUGGUGGACAUUCCUCUCAAGGCCAAGAGUCAUGCGGUUGAGUGGGGUGCCAUUCGCAACUCCAGCGACAUCUCAGCCGUCCAUCGUGCUGCAAUCUACGGCUGCAAACUCGAGGAGUACGGCAAUCUCACGGGUGUGGGGGGCGAGUUUGACUGCCUGCACCAGGCCGACAAUCCAUGCCCCACCACUGUCGCCGUGUGGGCUGUGGGCGGCAGACCCUUCACCUUCCCGCCCAAUGUCGGCUACCCCAUCGGCCCGGGCUACUUCACCAAGUUCAUACUGCAGGUGCACUUCACCAACCCCAAGGGCCGUGCUGACCUCAUCGACAGCUCUGGGCUGUACCUGAAGCUGGCGCCCCUCGCUGCGCCCCAUGGACGCGUUCAUCAUGCUCGCGGGGCCCGCCUCAACGAGAGUGUGAAGAUCAUCGGGUCCUUUCUGCACCUGCACUCGCUGGGACGACAGGUGAGGGAUGAGUGGACUGCUGCAAAUCAGGUGCACUGGCGCUGUGGUGUGGGCCCCGACGGUGCAUCGCAGCAGACCAUUCCCGUGGCGCCAGAGUUUGAGCUGCUGCCAGGGGACGAGCUGAGCACCACUCCCACGCACUUACCUCACGUUGUGACGGUAGGAGGGCCAUCCAUAGAAGACGAGAUGUGUGCUGACUACCUCAUCUACUACCCCGCUCGCCAGGGCCACGGCAAUGCUUCUUCUUCCCGUGCACAGGGAGCAGCAGGGUAG